GACUUCCGCAUCACGGGGUUUCGUUUCUGGAAAAGAAGGGAAAGGGGGAAGAGGGAUUUUGUUGUUGUGCGCCGUCGUUUUUUGUGUUUCCCGGCGCGAGACGGCGCGCUGUGUCCGCCCGCGGUGGCCCUGUUGUCAGGUGACAUUCGCGCAGCAUUGCGGCAACAACGUGUGGUUAAAUGAAAACGUAAACCAUGUUCAGCUUCGAGGGAGAUUUCAAGACGCGACCCAAGGUGUCUCUCGGAGGAGCUAGUAAAAAGGAAGAGAAGGCAUCUCUGCUACAUCGCACGCAGGAGGAGCGACGGAAGCGAGAGGAUGACCGGCGAAGGCUGCGGAACGCCAUCAUCAUUCAGUCAUACAUCCGAGGAUACCGGGUCAGAAAACAGCAGCAUGCGAUCCAGAGGAGCAAAUUUGACCGCACAGUCAGCCAGGCACAGUCUGCAGGGGGCCUUCCCAUCAACGAUGCAGCCAGUCUCAGCCUUUUAGUGCGACAGCUCUUAUUUUUCUAUCGGCAGAGCGAAGACUCCAACCGACUGAUCUGGAUGUGCCAAUGCCUGGUAAAGGCCAACGCGCAGUUUGUCAAGGAGCUCACCGGCUCUGACAGGCACACCUGCGUCUUUCAGAUCAAGAGGAUUCUGGGUUUGUGCUGCAAGCUUUUACAGACUUGUAAGCAAGACAGCUUGAAUGUGACAGCUCCCAUGAGGAUGCUCGAGGUUUUUUCCUCCGAGACGACCUAUUUGCCUGUUCUUCAGGAUGCUAAUUGUGUAGCAGCUCUGAUUGAACAGAUUUUGCACUAUAUGGUACAGAGAGGUUACUACCAGUCACUGUACAUUCUGGUGAACGAAAAGCUUCCUGCGAGCUUAGAGUAUAGCGAUGCCCCCCACGUACCUUUGGCCAGCACCCUCCUGGAGCACACACUCAAACCCUUGCACUUUAGCUACUCCUCCUGCACACCCGGCGCAAGACAGUACGUCUUUUCCGCCUUCACAAAGGAGUUCAUAUCCGCCCCAUUCACAGAGCAGAUAUUCCAUUUCUUCAUUCCGGCCCUGGAGGAUCCACGCCACGCCUUUCCCUUCGAGGUCUUCCUGGCCUCCUUGCAGAGCACGGUGGGCACCUCGGAGAUGGCGCACUGCCAGGCACCCUGGCUCUUCUACUUUGUACUCGCUGUGGGCGAAGCCAACCUAGCAUGCCUGUCGGAGGAAGGCCUCCUCCUGUACUUGCACGCUCUGCAGACCCUCCUGCCACUCCUGCCUGUGGCCGAGGUCAGCUCCAGACAGGAGGUGUCCAGUGACUCUGAGGAGGAGGACGACAGCACUGCACAGGGUCUGGCUGCACAGGAUGACGGGCGAGUGUCUGUGCAGAGGGUCACCGAGGAGUGCAUCCACAGGCUUGACUCCAAGCAGCAGACCAACGCCCUGCUGAGCCUCGUGUGGCGUGACUCCGCCAGUGAAGAGGUCUUCACCAUGAUGGCAUCUGUGUGCCACACACUCAUGGUGCAGCACCGACUCAUGGUGCCCAGGGUCAGGCUUCUGUACAGCUUAGCCUUCAAUGCCCGGUUCCUCAGGCACCUCUGGCACCUCAUAACGUCAAUGACUACCAAGAUGAUCACGGGGUCCAUGGUGCCCCUGCUGCAAGUCAUCUCGCGGGGGUCACCCAUGUCACCAGAGGACUCCAACCGCAUCAUCCCACUCUUCUACCUAUUCAGCUCCCUUUUCAGCCACUCCCUCAUCUCCGUGCAUGACAGCGAGUUCUUUGGCGUCCCAGCAGAAGCGGGUGCCUCUGCAGGCCCGAGCAGGCCGUCCAUGAUGCCCUUCUCGCCAAUGGAGCUUGUGUUGCUGUCGCGUUGCCUGCGCGAUGCCUGUCUGGGGAUCAUCAAGCUGGCGUACCCCGAGACGAAGCCCGAACACCGUGAGGAAUACGUGGCCGCCUUCCGCAGUGUCGGGGUCAAGACCAACUCACAAGUGCAGCAGCGAAUCCAAGCUGAGCAGAAGCGUUGGGUGCAGCUCUUCAAGGUCAUCACUAACCUGGUGAAGAUGGUGAAAGCAAGGGACACCAGGAGACCCUUCUGUCCCCUGGGCCACUGGCUCUCAGAGGAGGUCAACAUCCGAGCUGAUAAGGUCACUCAGCUGUAUGUACCGUCUGCCAGACAUGUGUGGAGAACCCGCAGGAUGGGGCGCAUCGGACCACUACAGUCCACACUGGAUGUGGGCCUGGAGUCCCCGCAGCUCUCAGUAUCUGAGGAGAGACAGCUGGCCAUCCUUACCGAGCUCCCGUUCGUUGUCCCUUUUGAGGAGCGCGUCAAGAUCUUUCAGCGGUUGAUCUAUGCAGACAAAAGGGACAUCCAGGGUGACGGACCCUUUCUCGAUGGAAUCAACAUUACUAUCCGACGUAACUACAUCUAUGAGGACGCAUAUGACAAGCUGUCUCCUGAAAACGAACCGGAUUUGAAGAAGCGGAUCCGCGUCCACCUCCUGAAUGCACACGGUCUGGAUGAGGCCGGUAUUGAUGGUGGCGGAAUCUUCCGGGAGUUCCUCAACGAAUUGCUGAAGACGGGCUUCAACCCCAACCAGGGCUUCUUCAAGACGACCAACGAGGGCCUACUGUACCCCAGCCCCAGUGCCCAGAUGCUCGUCGGAGACUCCUUCACCAGGCAUUACUAUUUCCUGGGGAGGAUUCUGGGAAAGGCGCUGUAUGAGAACAUGCUCGUGGAGCUCCCCUUUGCCAGCUUCUUCCUGUCCAAGCUACUCGGCACUAGCGCCGAGGUGGACAUUCACCACCUGGCCUCCCUGGACCCUGAGGUCUACCGCAACCUGCUCUUCCUCAAGAGCUAUGAUGAGGAUGUAGAGGAGCUGGGGCUCAACUUCACCGUGGUCAACAAUGACCUUGGUGAGGCACAGGUGGUUGAACUGAAGCCAGGGGGAAAGGACAUCCCGGUAACCAACGGUAACCGCAUCGCCUACAUCCAUUUGGUGGCUGAUUACCGGCUCAACAAGCAGAUCCGGCCACAUUGCCUGGCUUUCCGACAGGGCCUGGCCAACGUGGUUAACCUCGAAUGGCUGCGUAUGUUUGACCAGCAGGAGAUGCAGGUCCUCAUAUCUGGUGCGCAUAUUCCCAUUUGCCUGGAGGACCUGAAGAAAUUCACUAACUAUUCAGGUGGCUACUCGGCUACUCAUCCCGUGAUCAAGAUCUUCUGGGAGGUGGUGGAAGGCUUCACGGACGAGGAGAAACGCAAGCUGCUGCGGUUUGUGACAAGCUGCUCCAGGCCUCCGCUGCUAGGCUUUAAGGAGCUGUACCCGGCCUUCUGCAUCCACAACGGGGGCAACGACUUGGACCGCCUCCCCACUGCCAGCACCUGCAUGAACCUACUCAAACUACCGGAGUUCUGCGACCCAAAUCUGAUGCGAAACAAGCUCCUGUACGCCAUCGAGUCAUCAGCUGGAUUUGAGCUCAGCUGAGCGCCGGCCCCUUGGGCCGGGGGGCGAGAUUUGCUGAAGACCAGUCUGGUGAUGGUAAAGGGCACUGGGGGGUUGUCCUAAGUUUUAAUGUUUUCAUUUUAAAUGACCUUAAUUGUAUUUAAUGCGAACAUUGACAACGAAACCUGUGCUGCUUAAGACGGAGAACAUGGAGGGGGAGGAAAAUAUGAAUGGCUUGACAUCCAGAAACCAGGCUUGCUGUUCUGCUGUGGGGCACGGUGUUGCGGCGUCAGAGCAUUCACCAAAGACACGCCCAAGGGGCACAGCUGUUUCCGGCACUUUCCAGAUGCUGAAACGCAGGCAAUAAAACGGCAUGGUGAAAAGUGACAGCUGGGGCGGAACUCCGGCAUGCUCUGCCUCUGGCCGUCUGUGUGUGGAAAGGGAUUUCCAGGGUGAUGCCAGACUGUUAACUUUUGCCCUUUUUCCAUUGGCAGUCAUCAUAAAAUGGGAAAAAAAAAAUCUAGUUUGUGAUUUAUAUCAUAAGUGUUAUCUUUUAUACAUUAACACCAGAGGAUGCAAAUUCUUUCGGUCUGCCUGUAGUGUUGGUUUGAUUUGGAAGCACAUAUGAUCACAGCUGGACACCUGAUGAUGGAUUUGUGAAUAUAUGUAUGUUUACACUGUUUUGAUGUCCUUUACACAGUAAAUGUACAUUUUUUUUCCUUUUCCUCUUAAUUGUGCAUUGGAUAUGCUUCUGUUUUCCCAAAUUAUUAAAAGUGGAAAAAGACAAGUGUGUGCCCCACUUUGCUUAGAAACUGUAUCAACAAAGUGAGACAGAUGUAUUUAAAUGAACUCUGUGUGAACGAUGUCAUUGUGACAUUUAAAUAAAAACGAGAU